UGUUCUAAUAUCUGUAUAGGUAGUGGCUAUAUUGACUUCGAUGAAUUCCUCAUCCUGUACGUGAGGAAGCUGAUAGAGGACGAGGACGAAAAGGAACUGAGGGAAGCUUUUCGUGUGCUGGACAAGCAGAAAACUGGUUCUAUUCCCGUAGAAGACCUGAGGUGGAUUCUGAAGAGCCUGGGAGACGACCUAACUAACUCCGAAGUCGAGGACAUGAUCGCAGAAACAGACACAGAUGCGAGCGGCACAGUCGACUACGAUGAGUUCUAUGCAUUGAUGACCGGCAAAUAAGCACCAAGUGAACCACCUGGAUUGCAAUCAUGACUCUUGGACCGCAGAUGACUGCUUUGCAUUCUCCUGACCCAUGGCGGGAUAGUCUCCCCCCAGCAGCUGUCUAUAUGGGAUAACACUUUCAUAGACACAUACUUACACAAUUCAUAUAUUCGUAGGAGUUAGUGGAAUUGUCUCUCUUGAAUGCGGUGAUCAAAUGCUGAGUGCGUUUGUGCACACGUUAUUCCCACUGUUUUCUUGCAUGGUGGUGAUAUCACAUGUGGACUUAGGAGUCCUUCACUGUGCACUUUAUUUCAUUGGUUUCCGUAACUAUGCACUCAUGUGUGCCUCACAUGGGGAAGGGCGUGUCUCAAAAACAAUAGAUGAAAUCCCACUAUCACUUUCUAAGAUGUAAUCGUUGCAUUUUAUUUUUUUUUUAUUUUUAUUUUAUUUUAUUUUAUUUAUUUAUUUUUUUUUUUGCAUGUGCUGCAUGUAUGUGGUCUUUUACACAGUGUCAAAUAACCGCCUUCACAUUUGUCAUUUCCAGAGUUUUAUAAACUGAUGACUGGUACAUAAACCCACAUUCAGCUUCUCAGUACAUCACCUGCUACUAGUUUAGACUGUCACUGACAACCGUUGUAUCCUCUGUGACCCGCACAUGUGCCUGUCGUCUGCUUGAAUUUGUAAAAAAAAAUCAACAAAACCAAUAGGUGGGCAUUUAUCGGAUUUGACCCCACUGACUUUUGAAACUCCUGCCGCCAUGUCCAAGAGUAUAUAAGAUGUCAGUUUUUUUUGGAGAAAAAGACUCCUGUCUGAAUUCACAUACAUAUACCAGUCUGUUUUGACGGGGAUGUAGACAGAGAUGGCUGUAAAUCCGGGAACAAUAGACUAUCCAUAUUUAACGUUUUACAGGCCUUUCGUUUGUACAGACCCGGAUAGAGGUCGAGGUGAAUAAAUGUGUGGAUUUUUACAUAUUUUCCACGA